UGUCCAUCAACCAUUAACACUAAUCAGCAGCUAUGAAACUGAUCUUGGUAGUCCUCGGAGUCACAGCAGCGCUUGCUGCUCCUCCAUUGCAGUAUGAGCCCAUAGUUACUGACUACCAUGGACAGAUUGGUAUGCCGCAAGCUGCCCGCAUCAAGGCCUAUGAAGAAGCUAUGGACUUCGACGGCUCCAGAAUUGCUGGUGGAAACCAAGCAGGUCUUGGACAAUUCCCCUACUUUGGUGGUUUACUUAUCAAUUUGAGUAAUGGCCGUCAAUCGGUUUGCGGUUCCACUCUCAUCAGCAGCAACAGAGUGCUGACAGCUGCCCAAUGCUGCCUAACAAGGCAGUAUUGGGCCCGAUCGACCGUUGUAGUGCUUGGAUCGGUGCGUCUCUUCUCUGGCGGAACUCGUAUCACCAGCGAACAAUGUCGAAUGCACGGCUCAUACGAUGUGGACACUCUGAUAAAUGAUGUCGCCGUUAUUUUUAUGCAGAACGUUGGUUUCAACAACAACAUCUGGAGCAUCAACCUGGCCUCAGGAAGCAACCUGUUUGCUGGAUCAAUAGCUAGAGCUAUUGGCUUCGGAAGAACCGGUGACUCAAGCUCGGGAGAUAUUACGAACAACCAGGUACUAAGACACGUUAGCCUGCCUGUGAUUACCAACCAGGAGUGUGCCAGUUUUUACGGCACCAGAACUGUCAUCGCCUCUACUAUUUGCACAGCGGGUUCCAACCGUAACAUUUGCAGCGGUGACACCGGCGGUCCCCUAGUCGUCAACAAUGUCGUGAUCGGAGUGACGUCCUUCGGCGCAUCUGUUGGUUGCGAACGUGGUUUACCAUCUGGUUUCGCAAGAGUCACCUCAUUCAACAGCUGGAUUAGUCUCUGGAUUUAAUUGAAUUGACUAAAUAAAGCAUUUAUCACAAUUUA